GGUCAGUCGGCGAAGAGGGAGGGCUGGCGAGGCGGCGGCUGCGAGGCUAGCAGGGAGGGACGACGAAAGUGGAACAGCGUGGUUUGGAGUUUAACCGUAGACCGACGACAGAAAAUUCCCCAAUUUUACUGUAAACGAAGGCCUACGGGAACUGUCUGGCCACACGAAGAUAUUCAACAUGCACCGAAUAACGGGGAAAGCAGGAGGGGACAGUUUAAUUGAGAUGAGCCCGACAGACUCUUUCAACGAUGAAUUAAACGGCUAUCACCAACAUGCCUCCUCCAGCACAGGAUCCCUCCAGCAGGGACCGUCCGCGACUUCUUUAAUGCCUGGUGUUUGCAUAGAGACUUGUGACUCUAUCAGCACCAGCUUGGCCUCCCUGGCCUCCGACCACAGCGACACUCCCCAGUAUCAGUGUCAGUCCUUAGGGCGAUCCAGUGAUUUGACUGGGCUUUCGAGAAAGCGGGCGCUAUUCCUGAAGUAUCGUUCCAGGAUUGACAAACAGCAUCAAAGUAAAGAUUCUGUGUUUUUUCGUGACGGAGUCCGCAGGAUUGAUUUUGUCUUGUCUUAUGUUGACGAUAAGGAUGGUGAGAGAAAACUGGAGAGGAGGAGGGUGUAUGAGGCCAACUUAGUAAAGGUUGGCCUGGAGCUGGAAACAGAAGAUAAACAGGAGUCGGAGGAUGGAAAGACCUGCUUUGUGAAGAUCCACGCUCCGUGGGAGGUGUUGACCACCUACGCAGAUGUCCUGAAGAUCAAGGUUCCAUUCAAGGUCAAUGACAUCCCAGACAACAGCAAGAUGCCCAUGAACUGGCUCUCCACACCUUUUCGCCUCCCGGAGCACGUCAUGCACCCUGACCCUGACUACUUCACUGCUCCUUUCAACAAGAGCAAGUCCGAUUUCUUCCUUAUCGAUGACAAAGACACGUUCUUCCCACCCUCAACUCGCAACAGGAUAGUCUACUACAUCCUGUCACGCUGCUUGUACGUCAGGGAUGAAUGUGGAGACAAAGACAAGAAGGGAAUCAAGAGGUUGCUGAACAAUGGCACCUACACUUCUGCAUUUCCUUUGCAUGAUUCGAGGUACUGGACAAGAUCAAAAGAUUCAAACUGUGAAAGUGAAAGAUACAGUCUCUACAAAUACUGGGCCAGAUUCCUGUGUUUCUUCAAGGAGCAACCACUCAACCUUAUUAGGAAGUAUUAUGGAGAGAAGAUAGGCAUUUAUUUUGCUUGGCUGGGUUUCUACACUGAGAUGCUGUUGUUCGCUGCAGUAGUAGGGACGAUUUGUUUCAUAUAUGGGAUCCUCACCUACGAUGACAACGAGUGGAGUAAAGAAAUAUGUAGUGAGGAAAUUGGAGGCAAAAUUGUCAUGUGUCCUCUUUGUGACAAGAAAUGCGGCUUCUGGAAGCUGAACUCGACAUGCAACUCCUCGUGGCAAUCGCACCUAUUUGACAAUGUUGGAACUGUGUUUUUUGCAAUUUUCAUGGGAAUUUGGGUGACUCUGUUUCUGGAGUUCUGGAAGAGGCGGCAGGCCCGUCUUGAGUAUGAGUGGGAUCUGGUCGACUUUGAGGAGGAGCAGCAGCAACUGCAGCUUCGGCCAGAGUAUGAGACCAAGUGCACCAACCGCAAGAUGAACCACAUCACUCAGGAAAUGGAACCUUACUUACCCAUAACAAGCAAGUGUGCACGCACAUGCCUGUCUGGAGCCACCGUCCUGCUGUGGAUCUCAUUGAUCAUUGCCUGCAUCAUUGGGGUCAUAGCGUACCGUCUGGCUGUGUAUGCGGCAUUUGCUGGAAUCAUGAAAGACAGUCCCACCAACAACCUGGAGGUGGUUGGCCCCUACAUCACACCUCAGCUGGCCACCUCUGUCACUGCGUCUUGCAUCAACUUUGUUAUCAUCAUGAUCCUCAACCUCAUGUAUGAGAGAGUGGCUGUUUGGAUCACCGACCUGGAAAUUCCAAAGACCCACCUGGAGUAUGAGAAUAAACUGACAGUGAAGAUGUUCCUCUUCCAGUUCGUCAACUACUACUCCUCAUGCUUCUACGUGGCUUUCUUUAAGGGCAAAUUUGUUGGUUAUCCUGGAGAUUAUGCUUAUAUGUUUGGGAAGUGGAGCAAACUGAGGAAUGAAGAGUGUGACCCAGGUGGCUGUCUGAUUGAGCUGACCACCCAGCUGGUGAUAGUGAUGACCGGCAAACAGGUGUGGGGCAACAUUCAGGAAGCUCUGGUGCCGUGGAUGAUGAACUGGUGGGGUAGCAGGAAGGCACGAAGCCACCCGGAGAGUCUGUACAGCCGUUGGGAGCAGGAUCACGACCUGCAGAGCUUUGGUCAACUGGGCCUCUUCUAUGAGUACCUGGAAAUGGUGAUCCAGUUUGGUUUCAUCACACUGUUUGUGGCCUCCUUCCCUUUGGCACCCCUGUUGGCACUCAUUAACAACAUCAUUGAGGUCAGAGUGGACGCCUGGAAGCUCACCACUCAGUUCAGACGUCCUGUGGCGGCCAAGGCUCACAGCAUAGGAGCGUGGGAGGAAAUCCUCAAUGGGGUGGCCAUACUCUCCGUUGUCACAAAUGCAUUCAUUGUGGCGUUCACCUCUGAUAUGAUCCCCCGGCUUGUCUACAUGUAUGCCUACCAGCCUGAUAUGAAUAUGAAAGGCUACAUAAACAACAGUUUGUCUGUGUUUAACAUCUCUGAGAUCCCACUGGACAGCACACCAGAGGAAGGGGAGAAUCCUCCCUGGUUCAACAGCUCCAUCACAACCUGCAGGUAUCGUGACUACCGCUACCCUCCUGAACAUGAGAAGAAGUACUCCCACACUAUGCAGUUCUGGCAUAUUCUGGCUGCCAAGUUGGCUUUCAUCAUAAUAAUGGAGCAUGUUGUUUUUCUGGUCAAGUACUUUGUGGCUUGGUUGAUUCCGGAUGUUCCUUCUGAUGUGAGGGCUCGGGUGAAAAGGGAACGCUACCUGGUUCAGGAAUAUCUCCACAACUAUGAAGUGGAAAAGCUGAAGAUCCAACUCAGCCAACAUGGCAAUAAUGAAUGCACCUGCACACCGAUGAUCUAUCCGUCUUUACCCCAACAUGAGGUGCUGUCAGAGUGUCUCUAGCCCAUCGAGCUGCUGGUCAGUGAGCCGGACACAGCGACGUAGAUCUCCCUGCUUGUGCAUUCUGACACUGACUGUCACGUUGCUGUAUUCCCUGUGUUUUAAUUAAAAGUUUUACUCACUUCACAGCCAUCCUUCCUCUACUUACCUGCUGACUGUGGAAAAGCACAGAUGUGAAAGACCAAGUCUGCAUGCAUGCUGACACUUUGAUACACUUGAAAUUCUUUCUCAUAAUUAUGGCUUUUCAGUCUCUUGUGUUGUAAUUAUAAAAAUUAAGGAAAUCAGAAUAUGCUGAAAGAGGAUAUCUUCUACACUGUGUCUAAAACUGACAGCUAAUUUUAUUUUAAUGUAAUUAUAUUUAUUUUAAGUGCCACUAUUUGUAACCAAAGCCUUAAUAUAUCAACACCUUAUCUUUGGUUCUGCGAGUCAGAUGACAUUUUCUUGUACUUUAUGUACCAACAGUGAAAAGUUCUAGUUUCAUAUAUAAAUGUAUGUUCUAGUCUAAUUCCUUCUUUAUCAGUUUAUUAAAAAAGUGUGAACAACUGGUCAUUUCUCUGCAUUGACAUCACUGCACAGAUGUAAAACAAAAUUAUGAAAUUACUUCCGAAUUUUACUGAAUGUUGCAAAACCCAGACUAAUCUUUAUUCUCAUAAUCACCUUUCAGGUUCUGCAGUUUUCAGCCUGACAUGUGAAGUAGCUUUUUUAAAAAUAAAAAUCUGUGCUGUUAUUACUGUGAGCAAGGACAGAUUUUAUCCUGCAGUGGCCAGUUGUUCAGCCGUAGAAGCAGCAGGUGGUGUCGACUGAUGCUAGUGUUCCUGGAGAUGAGAGGAGAAAGCCCUGACGGUGAUAUGAUCUUUUUUUAGUGUACCCAUGCUAGCCAGCACGUCCAGCCUACUGAACUAUGUUUGCUCCAUCACACUAAGCACAUCAGCCAUCACCUACUGUAGCUGUUGUGCUUCUGGUUUCCUCCGCUUUGUGUGUAGAGAAGGAAAGAUAUACAUUCUCUUUUAUUUUUGCACAAAGCACUUAAAGAAACAUGACUACCAAGGCGUCCAGACGUCAGAGUAGUUUAUAUGAUGUUAUGCAUUCAUGAUCAGUGUUUUGAGGCUGUAUAUCUCACCUUGAUGUUUGUAUGAAGGUUUUAUGUUUAAAUGUCACAAAGAUUAGUUGUAGCUUUUGAUUUGAAUAAAAUAUGAUGGACAUUUUAUAUAUGCUUUUGAUUGCUUGCAAAGAAAUAUGUAAUAGAUAUUGAAGGAUUUAAGUAUGUAUAAUAGCUGACUGACUGUUAAAUCUGUUUAGAUGUUCCAGUUUGCCUUAUCUGUGCUCAGCUAAAGUCAUGCCCAGGGAUGCCUUAAAACACUCAAAACUUUUUUUUUUUUAUUAGUUCCUUUGAAUUUAUUUUAAUCUUGUGUAUGCUCUCUUUUGUUAUGCUUUAUUACUUAUAUUUUCAUUAUGUAGUGCUUAUAGCAAAAAAAAGGUGAAUCAGUUUACUGUAUGUUCAAAUUGAAUUUUUUGCUAUUUUAUUUCUUUUUUUUUAAUCUUCUUUUACUCUAUCUUGUAACAUUACAAAGUUAAAUCUCUUCAAUAAAGUAUAAGUUUAACUUGU